CAAAUGUAAUGUCUCUGUCUCUCACAGUCACUAAGACUGAAGUGGAAUGUCUCAUUCGACUUUACAACACAAUAGUGGGCCGGCCGAUAGAUCCGAACACCAGAGGAGGAAUGGACCGGAACACCUUCAGGAAUAUCCUACACAACACGUUCACCAUGACGGAUGACAUGAUUAUGGACAGGGUGUUCCGCGCGUUCGAUAAAGACAACGACAGUUACAUCAGUGUGGCAGAAUGGAUCGAAGGAUUAUCUGUGUUCCUACGGGGGACAUUGGAUGAAAAAAUAAAAUAUUGUUUUGAAGUAUAUGAUCUGAACAGUGAUGGGUACAUCUCUAGGGAAGAGAUGUUCCACAUGUUGAAGAACAGUCUUCUCAAGCAGCCUACAGAGGAAGAUCCAGAUGAGGGUAUAAAGGACCUGGUGGAGAUAACCCUCAAGAAGAUGGAUCAUGAUCACGAUAGCAAACUGUCUUACGCAGAUUUUGAAAAAGCUGUCCGAGAGGAGAACCUGCUUCUGGAAGCCUUUGGGACGUGUCUCCCUGAUAGCAAGGUGAGAUCCAGGAACUGUAUUUUCACAGGAAUAGUUUUAAAUAUCGAUGGGUACACGGGCCGAAAAUUGGUUUCCAGCCCAUGUGUACAGCUGUCUGUUGUACAGAAGCAGGUCGUACAACCAGCAUCUGACAAACGGGCAUGCUGGAAAACCAACAUCUGA